AUGGAAACCCCAGCUGUUUUUUCGUCAGUUAAGUUCACUGAACAUAAAACCCACAUUACAAUGCUGAGCAAGUCCUUGUUAACCACCAAAGAAAAGGCUUCCAGUCGACGGGAUAUCUCGGAGGCGAAUGGUGCGUUUGCUGGACCUAGAGUUGUGAGGAUAUCGAUGACCGAUGAGUAUGCGACUGAUUCUUCCGGAGACGAAGAGGAAGUUUUCUUCGGCCGGAGAAGAGUGAAGAAAUUUGUUAAGGAGGUUACGAUUAAGCCUCUUUCCGGUGACGAUGUUAACAUUCACUGUAAUAGGAUUGGAAACAGAGAUAGGAGCGUGGGAAAGACGAAGGUCAGUCGGAGGAAGAAUCCGGAUGCUAAAUGUGAUGCGAUGAAGAAACGGUUAAAGGUUAGUUCCGGUAAGAAGUUUCGCGGCGUACGGCAGAGGCCGUGGGGGAAAUGGGCGGCUGAGAUUAGGGACCCGACUCGACGUGUUAGGCUGUGGCUUGGAACUUAUGAUACCGCCGAAGAGGCUGCAAUGGUGUAUGAUCACGCGGCCAUACAGCUGCGUGGUCCCGACGCGCUGACAAACUUCACCGUUCCACCACCGGUAAGUAUCCAGUUAACAGACAAGAAACUGUCGUCCGUUGACUCCGAUUACAACUCCGGCGAAGAAUCACAAACGAACAUCAAAGCAUUAUCGCCGAAGUCCGUCCUCCGUUUCUCCUCAUCCUCCGCCGACGAGUGCGUAGCCGAGUCGACUCAACACAGCCCUUUACACGACACCGUCAAUGAACCCUCAGUACUUAUAGACACCACCUCUUCAGUCUCCGAGAACUUCUCCGAUUUCCGGCCAUUCGACGAUCCUUUCUGCACCUCCGAUCUGUUCGACUUCCCCGAUUUCGUACAAGACAUUUACGACCCGACAAGCUUUUCGGGAACCAUGCUUCAUGGAUCCGGACCAUCCGACGUAUUCUUCGGGUGUGCCAACGAUUUCGGGUUCGGAUCCUCAUCUUGGCCCGCAGACGAUUUCUUCACAGACAUUGGCGACAUAUUCGGAUCGGAUCCUCUCGUCGCCCUUUAA